AUGGUGACAGUCGGCAUCCCUGGCACAACGGGUUCAGGCAGCUCCAUGAACACAAGGAUCUGCAAGAAAUUGGUCGUUAAAGGUCAUGCAUCGAGCUCGGGUGCAACGUACACUUUGUUCUUGAAGAUUCAGCUGCCUGCGACCGAAAGGGGCGAGACACACGUUCUCAUAGAAGAUUCCGCUGCUGAGCUGCAAGAGGCCAUAGUACAUCUUCUUGACGCUUCUGGUGCCGCCCCCACACUUUCCGCAUCCGCCGCAACCGCCGCCAGCGCACUCCGCAUCCCGCUGUCGAUUCGCCACGAUUUGAACGAGAGCUUGAUCGAAUAUGAGCUCAGAGAAAGAGGUAACGCUGGCUCCUCGUCUUCAUCAAGCGAACCAUCUGAUCUGCCAACUGUCGCCCGGAGCGAUGAUGGCAAGAUCACGUUCCGCACCACGAACCGAUCAAGCCCACGAUCAAAGCAUAAAAGUGCGUCCCAUCCCACCUCGAGUUCCUACAUGGUGACACUACACUUGUAUACGAAACCACUCUCUACACCUCCGACGGCGCCUUUUUCAGUCAAGCUAGCGGUGCCCGUCUGUUUGAACAAUUACUUGCGAUUCACUGUGGACGAGUCCAUCGACAGCGACUUUGGACUGCACGGAAUGGCAGUCGAAGUCGAUCCUCCAAUCCUACCAAUUCCCUCCCAACGCAGACCGCUGCGAAGACGCUCUUCGACAGCCUCGUCUCGUCGACCUUCCAGCAUCGUUUCACAUUCUGAUGACGAAGCGGACCUCACCCUGCUAGGCUCAGACUCGGGCGACGAAGCGGAUCCCGAACAUGACAACACUGCCAUCGUGGGUCCAUUUCACGCGUGCAAGGCUCUCAUUCUUCGUAUGGCCUCACAGCAAGCUGGUGAUUUUGUGAUUUGUCAUCAUCCUCUGUAUCUCCUACCAAAUGCGCUGCGUGCCGAACAGGGGCAAAGCUGGAUCAGGUAUCAGCUUUUUCGAAAGGCUGGUGACGACAGUUCGGACAACGCUGCCUUGCGAGCCUACUUUGUAGCAAAGUUGAAACUUGACAAGCCAUACUUUCCCGGACUUGACCGCGAAGUACAACUGUACAUCCAGCUGGGCUCUGAUCUAUCGAUACUGGAAUGGCGGCCAGUGAAAGUGGAUGCAUCCAGAGGCAUCUUGAGCUGGUCUUUUGGUUCUCUUGCAUCUUUGUCGCCUCUGAAAAGUCAACAACCCAAUGGUGCAGUAGAUACAAACGGUGACAGGGUAUCUGGAUUUGAAAUCGGUGAUCUUGUUGUUUUGCCAGAACCCAGCCAACAAGCAGCUGAUGAAGAGGACCUGCUUAGCGUCGCUCCUCCCAAAGGCAUCGAUAACAUAAACUUGGACUUUUCAGUCGACAACGGCGCAGCACCGUCCGCAAAAAAAAGGAGGUUCUCGUUGCAAUCAUCCAGUAGCACACGUCACCUUCCGUCGACUCCGCCGUCGGAACAGUCCGAGUCAGCACUUGGCAACAACAACGUUCUUGCAAUCACGUUGAACCUGCUGCCGGUGCUUCAAGGUAGCGAGCCCCUCUCGGUCUCCGUUCUGGGCACCCUGAUGUUGACCCCGGCGCUUUCCAAGGCGAUUAGGAGCCGAGACUUUUCGGAUCUUCCUCGAGGCUUGUCUGCCCCUGCCGUCGCAAAUCUGACGAAAGGCCCUUUUGACGUUGCGCUCGUCGAUGCUAAACAAGACCAGUGGCCGGACGCAGCCAAGCCAAACGAGUCGUUGGUGGAUUCGCGAGAGACGGUGCAGAAAAGCCAACAGGAAGGCAAGACCGGGUUGGUCUUGCAUGGUACGAGCGCGACCAACGCCGGAGAGGUGGAGGAGAUCUUGCAGCAAAGCCAACAGGAAGGCAAGACCGGGUUGGUCUUGCAUGGUACGAGCGCGACCAACGCCGGAGAGGUGGAGGAGAUCUUGCAGCAAAGCCAACAGGAAGGCAAGACCGGGUUGGUCUUGCAUGGUACGAGCGCGACCAACGCCGGAGAGGCGGAGGAGAUCUUGCAGAAAGCGCUCGCUAUCAUUGCAGCGCACAAUGAGAUCUUGUCCAAGGCUGACCGAGGCGCAAACUCACUGACAAAACAAGAGCACUCGAAACAAGGCCGGCAGGAGAGUGGAAGCGGCUGGGUACUACAUGUGUCUCAUCUGCUUUGGACACUCUUCCUGACGGCGAUGAUCUUGAUGCUGUUCAAUGCUGGUCAGACUGCCCACCGUACGCUGUCUGCCAAGCUGGACGAGCUGAGCCGCCUGCUCCAAGUUCCUCCUAGGGCUGACGUCCAGUCGUUCGUCGGUGUGGUGCAACACACACGGCCUGAGCCGGCUGUCUUUGAACCAGCUAGUACAGCUGCGUCUGCGUCUGCGUCUGCGUUGGCGUCCGAACCGCAACGAUCAGAAGCGUUCGGUGUCCAUGAAUUGGAUGACGCAGAAAUGCUCACAAGCGCGAGCACGCCGUCCUGGCCGGACCAUGCAGCUGAACCACUCUCGGACGGUCCGCACACAACCGCCUCUCUAGAUACAGCACUGCAGAUGCGCACUCUCCACACCAGCCUUUCGUCCUUGGCGUCCACUUGGAUUCACGACAUGCUGCGCAUACCGCUGUCCAUCAUCCACCGCCUCUGGAGCAUUUUGGUGCGCGCCUAG